GACAGACGCACACGUUCUCCCUCUCUCCCCGCUCUCUCUCAUGCACACACACGCAUGCUCAUGCACGCAGACGGCAACUGUCCUCUAUCGGACUGACACACCACACACGCUGGGAUAGACACACACUCCCCUUUGCUACAGUGGAGAAGAGGAUAAGAAGUGACAUAUCAGGAAAAAACUGAAAUACAGAAAAAGAGGAGGUUCACAGGUGAAGAGGAGGAUUGUGCUGACGUUUCGUCCUGUCCAAGAUGGCAAACCUUGUGACAUCGCUGUGCUGUGUAGUUCUGGCCGCGGUGGUGGUAGCCUACGCUCAGAGACGCAGUCAGCUUGUUGCCAGGAACCAGUAUGAGCGAAUGGCCAGUGAUGUCACCAUGCAGUGCGGCUCCCUGGACAAUGACGCGUCGGUGUCAUGGAAGGUGAACGGGACAGAUGUGAAGGCCCAGCACCAUCUAGAAGGUCCCAGGCUGAUCCUGACCCAAGUGAACCUGGGCCACAACGGACUCUACAGCUGCUUCCAGAACCCGCACGGCGAGAGGCGCGACACCAUCCUCCUCCACAUCGGCAUUCCGCCUCGGGAGCCCACGGUCACCUGUCGAUCCAACACUUACCCUAAAGGCUUCUACUGCAGCUGGCACCAGCUCUACGCCACGUACAUCCCCACCACGUUCGAAGUGGACGUACAACACAACCAGCGUUCACUGGAGGUGCAGAAAGACUCUGUCCACAAGAACCGCUGCCACGUACGCUUUCCUGAGGUCUUCUCCAGCUUCCCUUACAAAGUGAACGUGACUGCGGUUAACGCCUUGGGGAAAGCCUCCACCACCAUCUCCUUCGAGGAGUCCAGUAUAGUCAAACCAGAUCCUCCAGAGCGAGUGACAGCAACCCCGAUCCGUCUCAACCCUCGGAGGCUGGAGGUAUCCUGGCACAGCCCGGCCACCUGGCCCGACAUCGACAACUUCCCCCUGAAGUACUUCCUUCGGUACCGACCGCUCAUCAGGGACCAGUGGCAGCAUGUGGAGUUAUCCGACAGCAUCUCCCACACCAUCACUGAUGCCUACGCAGGGAAGGAAUACAUCAUCCAGGUGGCGGCCAAGGACACAGAGAUCGGAACAUGGAGCGACUGGAGCGUCGCCGUCCACGCCACGCCCUGGAUCGAAGAUCCUCUGCCCAUCACCUCCACAACUGAAGGAGACUUUCCCACCGAGACCAAGACAUCUCCCAUCCCAUCUUCCAACGCACCACAUAAGGCUGAACCUCCAGUGGGAAGAGCUGCCAGGCUCCUCACGUUCUUCUCCCCUCUGCUGUUAGGAAUGCUGCUGCUGCUCAUGUGAUUCAAACGUCUUAUUCCAGAAGGGAGACGGGAAGUCAGAGGAGGAGGAUGAAGAGGAGGAGGAGGAAGAGGAGGCGGCUGGUCUUUUUUCUAUUUUGCACAUGUUUCGAGGAUUCAGUGCAUUGAUCGUUUCUGUCCAUCACACACUCACUCACCAAGGUUACACAGACGUGAAAUCAGACAAUGAUAAUGCGACUCCGCAUUUUUGGGAUUAAAUGGUGACAAGGAAGAUCUUCAGAGGAGCUUCUGAAAGUGACAUCAUCAUCAUCACCAUCAUCAUCAUCAACAGCAGCAACAACAGGAGCAGCAACAAGCACCACAUCAGCACCAAUAGUCUUAUAUUGCCCCCUGGUGGCUGUGAUGGGCCACAGCAGACUGACUGAGGGAAUCUCCUCUUCAGAGCAAGAAAAUCAACUCCAGGAAGAGAACAAAACCUUUUUCUGUUCUUUUUUUUUGUUCUUUUUAUUGAUCGAUCGAUUGAUUUAGUCUUAAUUUUAACCCUCCGCUAAAAUCGUAGCGCUGCACAGACAAACACACACACAUAUAUCGAGCCUGUGUGUUUGUGUGUAUAGUUCCCACAGCAGUCCCCAUACAGCUAAACCAUCAUGCCAAAGACUCAACUUCACCCCCAACUAGACGGCUCCCAAACGAUUCAUCGAGCUUCCUGAAGCCUGUGCCUGCCUUCGUCAUGGGUUCAACACCCCACAAAAUUGAAUGCAUGUGUGUGUGAUUGUGUGAUUGUUUGUGAGUGCGUGUGUGUCCUGCAUUAAACGGUACAGGAAUCAAACUUUGGGAUGAAUCGGAGGAACCCUGCAGCUCCUGUUUGUAUAAACCAACCAUUAAACAAAGACGCCACAAAACUAGCCUAAACUCAAUCAGACUCUGAAUCUGUUCGCCCCCCCGACGGCCGAGUCAGGAGCGGCGGCGGGUCGUUUUUUCCGAUACGAGGACUAACACUCUGAAAAUUUCGGUAUCUGUAGUCCAGCUUGUUUAGACGAUUAGCUUUACAUUCUGCUUUCAGCGCCUGGCGACGAGGACCUGGAUUGUAAAACAAAACGAAUUAAGUGGAUUUGAGACUGAACAAUUCUUUUAUUUCUUUCCCCGACACAUUUUUUUGUUUUGGAUUUCGACUUCGUAACGACGGCGACAAAGUGAAGCAUUAAGAACGAGCUGCGUUGGUUUUUUCCAUUCUGCUCUGUGCUGUAAAAUACAAUAUCUCAAAAAUACUGUUUGCUUUCCCGAUUCUGACGCCUUUACAAGAGUCUCUUUGCAGUUUACAUUUCAGUAGCCAAUAUCACCAGUUUAUAUUAUGUUAUUCAAAGGAAUAUUGAUGUGUUUUAUUGUAUUUUUUUGAUUUUAUGGACAAAUAAUAAAAACACACAUAUAGGACUUUAGUUUUUUUUUCUUUUUUCAGACAUUCAUAAUGGCUUAAUUCUCCUUGAUCCUAUUUUGUAAACUAUGAUAUGUAACUUUAACAUUGAACAAAAAGUUUAUUAUUUAAUAAUAAUAAUAAUGUAUGUAUUAGCAGUAGAAUGUCGUAACCUGUACCUGGGGUCUUUUUUAUAGAUGUAUAUACAAUGACAGGUUUCAACCAUUAAAUGUGACCAUUUCACAAUGAAUGAC